AUGGCAGGACUCAGAGAACUCAAAGGCAUUCUCAAAGACAAAGCUUCACUGUUCAAAGCAAAUCUCUCAACCAAUCGCCCUUUGUCCUAUGUUAACGUCACCGUCCUCCGCGCCACCACACACAGCACCACCUCUCCGCCUUCGGAGCACCGCCUCAUCGCCGUCCUCUCCCUUGGCCACCGCUCAAGCAUCAUGGCAGAUGCCUGCACUGAAUCCAUAAUGAAUCGCCUCCACAGAACCCACAGCCCUUACGUUGCCCUCAAAUGUCUUUUUAUUCUUCACAACAUCAUUUCUAAAGGAUCCAGCAACCUCAGAAACCAGCUUAUCUCCACCGGUGGCUAUAAUUUUCUUAAUCUUUCCGAAUUCAAUUAUAAGUCCAACAUUGAAAAACGAGAGAUUAGCUUGUGGGUUCGAUGUAAGAGAGAUUUGUUGAAGGAAAUGAAUACUCUGGUGGGUUUUAUUGAAGGGAUUUGUGAAGUUCCAGAUUCUUUACACCUUCAAAGAAAUGAUUUACUGCAUGAACUGAUGAUUUUGGUGGGAGAAGACUAUCGAGCGGCUCAGUACCAGAUCAUUCCAAGACUCAGUAGUGACACAGACUUUGCGGAUCAAAUUUCCAGGUUGAGUUCAACAGACUCGUCCGAGUUGAUUGCUUGUUUGAAGAGAUUGGAGAAUUGCAAGAAGCGAUUGACAGAGGUUUUUGCUAACAGGAAACGACACGAUGCAUUUUGGGAGUUGAUUAGUCAGAGAAAAAUGGAGCUCGAGAAGAUGACUGGAAACAGAGGAAGAUCGCUGGUGUGGAAAUGA